GGGAUAUAUCCCGGCAUGCCCCGCGCGCGGGCAAGGCCCGCUGGGAAGCGUAGUCCAGAGAUAGGCUCGGGAACUACGAGUCCCGGCGUGCCCUGCGGCCGGAAGGGGGCGGGCCGACCCCAGCAGCGCCGCGGCGCGGGGGGGGCACGGGCCGGGACCGCCAUGAUCCGCUUCAUCCUGAUCCAGAACCGGGCCGGGAAAACCCGCCUGGCCAAGUGGUACAUGCAGUUCGACGAUGACGAGAAACAGAAGCUGAUCGAGGAGGUUCACGCCGUCGUCACCGUCCGCGACGCCAAACACACCAAUUUCGUGGAGUUCCGCAAUUUUAAGAUCAUCUACCGGCGCUACGCGGGGCUUUAUUUCUGCAUCUGCGUGGACGUCACCGACAACAACCUGGCUUACCUCGAAGCCAUCCACAACUUCGUGGAGGUCCUCAACGAAUAUUUCCACAACGUUUGCGAGCUCGACUUGGUCUUCAAUUUCUACAAGGUCUACACGGUGGUGGACGAGAUGUUCCUGGCCGGGGAGAUCCGGGAGACGAGCCAGACCAAGGUGCUUAAGCAGCUCUUGAUGCUGCAGUCGCUGGAGUGAACCGGGACCAAAUUUCCCUCCCUCCUCCCAGCCUUCCUCCUCCUCUUCUUCCUCCUCCUCUUCCUCCUCUUCGGAUCCCCCCCUGGGCGGGGGGGGGAGGAUGAGGGGGGGACACAGGACGGGGCUCUUUGAUGUUGUGCGUUGUCCCUCCCCACCCCAAAAUGUCCCCGUCGUCGUGUUGUGAAUAAACGUGGCUGUGACGUGCCGGAGCCCCCGCGCUCCUCGGGGUGCGGUGGGGGAAGACCUG